CGAGAAGAAACCCUCGAGGCUGGGGGUCGGUGAGGACUCCUAUACCGAGAGAAUCAAUCGCCAAUGGCGAUGGUCGACCUGCGAAACUCGAGUUUCAUGCUGGACGUGGAGCCGCCACUGACGAAAACCAAGGCGACUGAGUCCCCAGAGGGCACAGCGGUCAGCUCGGAUGAGGAGGAGAGCAACAACCACAGCCACGCUAGCAGUACUGGUCGGCCUCCAUUGCCCACAGGCAAGACAACCGCAGACGAGGUUUUCCUCAGGAACAUGUUGGGUCUGCUGAACAAACGUGGCUACAACGUGCGGGACUCAGCGCUAGAGACGUCCAUUACCUCAUCUUCGGCCAGCUUCACGCGUUCCAGCAGCAUUACUAGCACAGGCUCCACUAUCUCGUCCGUGCUACUGGCUCUACGUGAGCCGAACCAUGGCCAGACACCAUUUCACAUCGCCGUACGCAAGGGCGAUGUACAGAUACUAGACGCGCUCCUCGAACACGAGAGCAUCGACGAGCUACUAGACGCUCCUGAUUUAAACGGCAAUACAGCGCUGCACUUCGCCGCAGGCAACUGGAGGCAUCCCAUGUGUCUCACUAUCACCGAGAGGCUACUGGAAGCGGGCGCCAAUAUCAAUGUGCAGAACAAGCGCGGCCUCACGCCAAUAGCCGUGCACAUACUCACACUCAAGAUCGACAACCCGACGCUCAUCGUGAAACUGCUAGAGGCCGGAGCCGACCCGAACACAGAGGCAGAUGGAGUUGCUCUGUUGCACAUCGCAGCGCGUCGCGACUUACCCGUGAUUUCCGGAGUGUUGGUCGCUUUUGGCGCUUCCAUGUUGCAACUGAACACGGACGGCCUCAUGUGCUACGAAGUGGCGCCCAACCGCGUCAAACAGUUCAUGAUACGCAGCAUCAACAAGGUGCCAGCCUACCUACCAAUGACACAACGCAGCACUUGCAUGCGAUGCAAGUCCCCGGCACUAAUUAACUCCAAAAAGGCGUUCGGCAACAUGAUGAAGAGGGUACUGGGCAUGCACAUGCGCGCCCACCAGUGCAACUGCUAUCACUGCGGCAUGCUCUUUUGCUCGCAGUGCUUAAAACCGUCAGCCGCUGUCAAUCAAAACUUGCCGAUCAUGUGA